AUGGUCUUUCUGCCACUAGUCAUCGCCCUUGGGGCGACACUGGUUCAGGCCGUCACGGCUGCCACUACUCUCGACGAUGUGUGCACCCCUGCAUACAUUCGAUCUAAGUUGCCUGCUGAUACUGUGUAUCCUGGAAUCACUAUUAGCCACACAAAUCUUUCAGCCAACCCUGUCUACAACCUCUCUACCAGCGGCUCUGCAGUAUAUCCGGCUACCACAAUCGACUAUUGCAACAUAACCCUGGCCUACUCCCACAAUGGCCGGGAUGACACCGUUCAGGUGCGCUUCUGGAUGCCCUCGCCGGACAAAUUUGCCAAUCGCUAUCUCUCCACCGGCGGAGCAGACUACUAUGUCAACCAAGGCACACAGCAGCUCCCUGGAGGUGUGAUGUACGGGGCUGUUUCCGGUUCAACAGAUGGAGGGUUUGGAGGCUUUGAUGUUGGGGUUGAUGAGAUUCUGCUCCUAGCCAACGGCACGUUAGACUGGCAGAACUUGUAUAUGUUCGGCUAUCAAGCUCAUCACGAGCUCGCUACAAUUGGAAAGCAGUUCACACGCAAUUUCUUCAACAUGACUGACAACGGGGAAGCCCAAAAGCUGUACAGUUACUACCAGAGCUGCUCCGAGGGCGGCCGCGAAGGGUGGAGCCAGGUUCAGCGCUACAGCGACCAGUUUGAUGGCGCAGUAAUUGGCGCCCCGGCCAUCCGGUACUCCUUCCAAAUGACGAUGCACCUUUGGGCAAAUGUUGUGGAGAAGACGCUUGGGUACUAUCCCUCGCAAUGUGAGGUCGAGGCCAUCGUUAAUGAAACGAUCACCGCCUGCGAUGGCAUGGACGGGCGUAUGGACGGAGUCGUCUCGCGCUCUGAUCUCUGCAAGAUGCAAUUCAACCUCACCGAAGCUAUUGGCAAGCGGUAUUACUGCGCUGCAGACGGUGACGUCCCAGUGCAAAACUCGACUAUCUCUGCUCAGGCGGUGGAAGUGUUCGAGACAAUUCUUCAUGGCAUGAAAGACAGUGAUGGCAAGCAGGUGGAGUUGGGGUUUGAACAUCAACUCCAUGGGCGGAGAAUAUAUCACAAGUUUCUCCAACGUUUGGAACUUGAUAACCUUCCCACACUUGAUAAUGUCACCUACGACACGUUGAAAGAAUGGGUGGAGCUGGGAUGGCAGAUGUAUGAGGAUUCCCUGCACACCACGUGGCCAGAUUUGACACCCUUCUACGAAGCGGGUGGCAAGGUGCUUCAUUAUCACGGCGAACAGGAUGGUAGCAUCCCGACAGCUUCCUCGGUGCAUUACUACGAUUCUGUACGUAGAACAAUGUAUCCUACUCUCGGGUACAAUGCAAGUUACGAGGCCUUGGGCCAGUGGUACCGUUUGUUCCUCGUUCCAGGAGCCUCACACUGCUUGAACAAUGAUCUACAGCCAAACGGCCCAUUCCCGCAGACUUCCCUCCAAACAUUGAUCGAGUGGGUGGAGCAAGAGGUGGUGCCUGUGAGGUUGAAUGGGACCGUCCUGAGUGGCACAUUCGAAGGAGAGACCCAGGAAAUUUGCGCGUGGCCCCUGCGGCCGAUGUGGUACAAUAAUGGGACUAGCAUGGAGUGUGAGUAUGAUCAGCCGUCUCUAAAGACAUGGGAGUGGGAUCUGGAUGCAUUUGAACUCCCUGUAUAUUAG